CGCGAAAUUCCUCUCGUGACCGUUCGCUCGUGCUCGAUUGCAGGGACCUUGAAACGGCGCCGAUGGACGACGACGCUCUCGUCAAUUUGGAUGAAUCCCUUGGGAAUUAUUCCCUUGAAUUGGAUGCUGCGCGGACAGCGCGCAAUGCACUUGCGAUGGGGACGCUGGACGCGAUCGCGGCUCGGCGCGUGCACCAGGCCACAGCGACCGACGACGCGAUGUGGGCGACCAAGGUGCAAUGUGCGUGGCGACGACACGUCGCCAAGAAGGUGUACGUGGACCUCUUGUGGGCGCAGUACCAAGUCGAAGAGGCACAGCGCCAAGCGGUGAUCCGCCAGCACGUGGCCGACACGACGCGACUGCUUCAGACUCUCGACCUCCAAGAACAGCUUGCGAAUGCGCAGUACUUGGCCAAACUGCGGCAGAACCACCUACACCGGGUCGCGUACUCGAUUCAGCGCACAUAUCGGGCGCACGCACGGCGCAAGCUAACGCUCAAGCGGGCAGCCACUGUUCCCGCCAACCUCGGUCGCUGAGCCCGAUGCUGGUCCGAGCUUAGCAGGAGCCUACCAAAACGAAACAAGCCCGUUCGAUCGAGGUAGUCGUGUAGCUGCACGAGAAUACAUGCGCGAGGUUGUGCGCUCGCAUGCCCAGCGUUGGGUAUCCCGGGCUUCCUCACGCAUUGGCCCAA